AUGUCGAGGCGCAAGCAGGCGAAGCCCCAGCACAUCCAUUCGGACGAGCAGCAGUCCCCGGAUGUAGCAAAUGGAAGUCCACAAGAUAUCCCAGGUGACAGAGGUGAAAUGAAUUCCAAAAGAUGUCGAACAGAAGAAACCCAUGUCUGUGAGAAAUGCUGUGCUGAGUUCUUUGACCUCUCUGAAUUUCUUGAGCAUAAGAAAAAUUGCACUAAAACACCACCUGUCCUCAUCAUGAACGACAGUGAGGGGGCAGUGUCCUUAGAAGCCUUCCCUGACAGCUCUAUGGGGACUUUUCCAACGAGCCAAAUGGAGGGUAGGUUGGCUGAGGAGAGUCACAUAAAGAGCUGCCCUACUUCUGCAGAAAAGAGAGAAGAGAAAGCUGGAUCUGAACCUUCAGGAGUGACAUAUCUAAAAACAGAGCCCUCUGUUGCCCCCACAGCUCAUGGGCUAAGCUUCCUCCCCAAACCCAAAGUACCAAACACUAAUGUGACUUUGCAAACUAUACGUGGCACUAAAGUGGCUGUCAACCAGUGUACCUCAGAGUCUCUCUCCCCAUCCGUGGCUGGCCUCAGUGCCAUUCCAAUGAUACUGGAGCAGUUGAUGUGCCUACAGCAGCAGCAACUCCAGCAACUCCAGCUUACAGAACAGAUCCGCAUCCAAAUUGCCAUGAUGGCCCCCAAUGUCCUACAUCCUUCAGUUGCUGCUGCAGAACCCCUCAAAGCUUUGGGUGCUCAUAUGUCCCAGCAGCUGUCAGCUGCUGUUGCUUUAAUUGGGCAGAAAGCUGGGAAUCCAAGCCUAUCCCUGGAAUCCUUGAAGCAAGUCAAACUACCUCAUUCAAGUAUUGGUAUUCCGACAGCCGUCUCGAUGGCCAGUGGGCUUGCUCCUGCCCUCUCCUUGAAGCCUGAUGCAAGUCGAGGCUUGCCAGGCUCCAUGUCUCGCUUUCUGAGCCCUUUGCUACCUCAGUCAUCCAGCUCAGUCAUCUUCCAGAAUCCCCUUCCCACUGUCUCCCCAGCCAUCGACCCCUCGAAGAAGGGGAAAGGGAAAGUAUCAAAUGUCAGUGUCUCUGAAAGUAAACCAAGUGUGGAGGAGCCCUUCUUCAAACACAAGUGCAAGUUCUGUGGCAAGGUCUUCGGCAACGACAGCGCUCUGCAGAUCCACCUCCGUUCCCAUACUGGGGAGAGGCCCUACAAGUGCAACAUUUGUGGCAAUCGUUUCACCACCAAAGGCAAUCUGAAAGUGCAUUUCCAGAGGCAUAAAGACAAAUACCCUCAUAUCAAAAUGAAUCCUUAUCCUGUGCCUGAACACCUAGAUAACGUGCCCACCAGCACUGGCAUACCCUAUGGGAUGUCUGUCCCAUUAGAUGAAUCUAACCUUAUUGUGGAUUCCAAACCUAUUUUGACCACCCUGCCUAGCUCUGUAGGCCCUGUCUUACCACCAAACGCUUCCAACCCCACAAGUAGCAAGGAUCCUUUUUCCAGUUCACUUCUGAGUGAUGUCCAGCCUCGGCCUUCUCCAGAAAGUGAAGGAGAUUCUUCAUCAGGCGCAGCCAGUCACGAAUCAGGAGCUGAACAGAACCAGGGCUCUCCGCAGGCCGGCUGCAGUGGGAGUGCUUUCCACGGAUGCCAGGUUGGUGAGCAAGGCUCUGAAACAACAAAGCUCCAGCUAUUGGUGGAGAACAUUGACAAAGCCACAGCUGACCCCAAUGAGUGUUUGAUCUGCCAUAGGGUUCUCAGUUGCCAGAGCUCCCUCAAAAUGCAUUACCGCACUCACACGGGCGAGAGGCCUUUCAAGUGUAAGAUUUGUGGCCGUGCUUUUUCCACCAAAGGCAACCUCAAAACGCAUUAUGGCGUGCACCGUGCAAAUACCCCCCUGAAGAUGCAGCACUCCUGCCCCAUCUGCCAAAAGAAAUUUACAAAUGCAGUGGUGCUGCAGCAGCACAUCCGUAUGCAUAUGGGGGGGCAGAUCCCCAAUACCCCAGUGGCAGAAAACACACCUGAUAAUGACACAGAGGCUACUUCAGCUGAGAAAAAUGGAGAUCCCUGUUGCUUAGAGAGUAACGUGGAAAGCAUGGAAGUGGACGGAGACCUGGAAUCACCAAAUGGUCUAAGCCAUUCUUCUAAACCUUUCAGUGCUCAGACUGAUCCUUCAACAUCUGUGCCUUCCGGUAUUUCAGUGCUAGAAAACCAGAUGAAAAUGGUGAAUUCAGCUUUGACUUUACAGCGGCAGAGCAGUUUGAAGUCCAGUGAUAACGGAUCAGCAGAGAGUGAUGGCAUGACCAAUGAUUCUUCCUCAGUAGCAGGUGAUCUGGACUAUCAAAAUGGUAGCCGUAGCCCCAUCACCUCUGAAUCGGCUUCCUUUCUAGCCAUGUCUCCAACCAACAGUCAGGCAGAGAGCACCAGAUCAAAGUCACCAUGUUUUAAUAUCCAAGAAGAUGGGGUAGCGGGAAGUAAGGCUGAAGGUCCUGAAGUCCCACCCACAGAAAGAGAGCGUGCUUUGGAUCUAACAUACAGUAACAUUGGUCGAAAGGUGAUCAAAGAGGAACCUGGGUUAUACUUCCCAAAUGGAGAAUACGGCCGGAGCAGCAUCCACCCAUCAUUUAUCAGAGCCCCACCAGCUCUUAUAAAAAUGGAGAUGUCUAGUGAUCGCCCCAUCAGCACGAGCCAUUUUAUUGCCCCUCCUGCAUUGUCACCCAGUGUGCCUCCUCUUCUGGUGCCACCCCCUCGCCGUACUGCUAAGCAGCAUAUCUGCACUACAUGUGGUAAGAACUUCUCUUCAGCAAGUGCUCUUCAGAUCCAUGAGCGGACUCACACAGGUGAAAAGCCAUUUGCAUGCACCAUCUGUGGAAGAGCUUUUACCACAAAGGGGAACCUCAAGGUCCACGUUGGAACUCACAUGUGGAACAAUUCUGCCAGGCGAGGAAGAAGACUGUCCAUUGACAACCCGAUGGCUCUGCUUGGCAGUGAUUCAAAGAAGGUAUCAGAAAUGUUCCCCAAGGAUGUGGUGACUCCUUCGGUGAGCCUUGAUCCAUCAGCAUGGAACCAGUAUGCUGCAGUGCUCAGUAAUGGUUUAGCUGUGAAAACCAAUGAGAUCUCUGUGAUCCAAAGUGGAGGCAUUCGUUCUCUUCCAACCACAAUUGCAGGAGGUCCAGCAAUCAAUGUAGCAAUGAAUUCUGCCACAGUUUCCAAGAUGGAUAGUUCCCAGGCUGUGAUUGGCUCAGAGAUGGAAAAGCCAAGCAACACUGCUGAAGACAAUGUGCCAAAACACCAAUUCCCUCACUUCAUGGAAGAGAACAAAAUUGCCGUUAACUAAAAACCAGAAAGCUUGAAAGGUGGCAAGAAUGGAUUUUUAAAAAUCACUAUUGGAAUUAUUAUUCCUAUUAUAUUUUUAAGAGAUGACACCUCAAGUAUCCUUAUUUUCUUAUUGACGUGCAAAUGAUUCUAAGCCUGUCUUGGGAAGAGUUGCCCAGAGUACAAUCAUGCCCACGUUUUGCGCAAAACAAAAGCAAAGCCAGUUUAGGAUCCUUCUCUCUCUCUAUGCGGGUCUUGCAAGAUAGUUCUUACAGGGGAAGCAUAAACCUGUAAAACCUUAGAUGUUUUACAGUGUGAAAUUCCAAAGGUUCUAACAUUUACCUCUUCUUUUUGUUUGCUUAUUUGCUUUUGUUAAGAUGGCUUACAUAGAAACCAUGUGGGGCUUUGAGCAGAACAGAAGCGUAUCUCUUGAAAUUUGGAGGGACAAGGGGAAAUGGCACUCAUGGAAUUCACGACUGAUAACGUGGAAAAUAAUUAUGCGGGUAAAUAUCCUAGAAUGCCAUCCUUUGGAGGGGUUCCUAUUUUUUGUUUGUUUGUUUGUUUGUUUGUGGGUUUUUAAUUUGGUGUGGUUUUGAAUGUAAUAGUGUUAUGAUGCCUGUUGGAUAUGGGAAUCUGAUAUACCCAGAAGAAUGCUGUUUAAAAACCAAAAUUGAAUUUUUAAACAGGCACGCUCUGUUGUCCAUUAUAAACCUUAAAUACUCUGUAUUGAUUACUGCUGCUUAUUUAAAUACUACAUCAUUGUACGUGCACCAUCUACAGUGCCAAAAGGCUGACUCUUCAUGGCACUGUGUUGCCUUCCACCCACCCACCCCAACAUGCAGACAGAGGCAUACUGUUGAAGGGGAAUCGAAUCCUAGCAAGGCUGAGGUUUUGCUUUGUUUCUGCAGUUUCCAU